AUGGGAGUUGUGACUGUUUCGACUUCUGCUGCUCGGACUCCAUUGGGAUUGAGCACAAAAUUUUCGACGCGUUUAUCUCCACAUAAAAGACCGGUAAUUUUAUCGUUCAAAACAGAUAAAACAAAAAAUACGUCACUUGUUGCACCUCCAGAGUCUGUUUGUUUACCUAUAGAGACAGCUAAAGAAAAUGAAAAGAGGUUAAGAACUGUAAAAAAGCGUUCAGAACGAGUACAUGCUGUCUUGACUGAUGAAGCAAUUUUGAGUACUUUUGAUUUAGAUUACAAUGAAGCUGUCGCCAAACUAGAACACAUAUUCAAACGUAGUCCAUCUGAUAAGGAAGUCAACGACCAGAUGGUUAAGAGGAGGAGACGGAGGAGAAAGAGAGAAGAAGCUGAGGAGAAAGAAGGGAAGGGAAGUGCCAAUAAUAUGGUUAGGAUUCAGAGGAAGAAGGCAAAAAGAUUAAGUCUUGAGACGAGGAUUGCCAUGAGAACGAACAAAGAAGGUGAAGUGAUUGCACCAUCCCAGAAAGGGAAAAAAUGUAAAAACGAUGAAGAUGAAGAUAUUGAUCGGCUUGUUAGAGAAUAUUCAGCUUCCACCGAUUUAUUUAGCCUCGAUUGGAAGAAAAUGAAGAUUCCACCGGUCCUUUCUUCAUCUGACCAUGCCUGGCUGUUUAAGCUGAUGCAGCCUAUGAAGGCAAUCCUUCAAGUUAAGGAGAACUUACAAAAUGAUUUGGGAAGAGAACCAACAGAUUGUGAAUUAGCAGAGGCAACAAAUAUGGAUACUUUUCAACUCAAGAAACAUGUGGAAGUUGGUCGAGCUGCCAGAAACAAGUUGAUCAAGCACAAUCUCCGGCUUGUUCUGUUUGUAAUGAACAAAUAUUUUCAAGACUUUGCAAACGGCCCAAAAUUCCAAGACCUCUGUCAAGCUGGAGUUAAGGGUCUUAUAAUAGCCAUUGAUCGUUUUGAACCAAAAAGGAAGUUCCGGCUCUCAACAUAUGGCCUCUUUUGGAUCCGACAUGCAAUUACACGUUCUAUGACGCUCUCAAGCUUCACGAAAGUGUCCUUUGGCCUUGAGUCGGUCAGAGCAGAAAUCAAUCGGGCGAGGCUGGAGUUGAUGUUUGAACUUCAGAGAAUGCCAACAGACGAAGAAAUUGUAGAGAGAGUCGGUAUUUCCCCCGAAAGAUAUCACGAAGUGAUGAGAGUAUCAAAGCCUAUCAUUUCCCUCCAUUCACGGCAUGCGUUAACCCAAGAGGAAUUCAUAAAUGGAAUUACUGAUGUUGAUGGUGUAGAAGGAGAUAAAAGGAGGCAACCUGCUCUUCUCAGGCUUGCACUAGAUGAUGUGCUUGAUUCUCUGAAGCCAAAGGAGAGUUUGGUGAUCAGACAGAGAUAUGGACUUGACGGUAGAGGAGACAGAACCUUGGGAGAAAUUGCUGGGAAUUUAAAUAUUUCGAGAGAAAUGGUCCGAAAGCAUGAAAUGAAGGCUCUCAUGAAGCUCAAGCAUCCAGCACGAAUGGACUAUAUUCCGGCCAUAUAUAAGUUUACUUACUGGCCAUUGGCUUGUCUUGUUGACGCAUAUCUUAAUCCCCAUCUGGAUCAGCUGUCUUCACAUUGCUGGAUAUUAAUUGUUCUAUACCAACCAUUUGUAUCAUAG